GGCGGUUCUUGGGUAAUCAGGUACAGCUCGUUACAGGGAACAGGGAGGACAGAGAGUUCUCCGCGGUGUUCUCGGGAAUACUCUGCGAUGGUUAGCCCGAGAUUGUGGUCGAAAUCAUCUUCAUGUGUAAAUGUACGAAUUCCUUCCGGGAUGGCUCUUCCGUCACUUGGCGGGGCUGUCGGUUCUGUUCUACAUCAAACUGCAGUUAAGUGCACUUAAAUAGGAUGUCAUCGAACCGAGCGGAGACAAUUAUCCUCACUUCUGCUGCUUUCACGCGUCGUUCCACCGAUUGGAUCGUGUAGAACACGCGUGCGAGAUCACGAAGCUCCGAAAGCAGGCAAUUCCUGCUCCUUUGGAUAGAGGUGGUGCGACUACGUCCGCCGCAGUCUAUGCAAAGGCGGGGGAGGAUGCCAACCUCGUGAGUCAGGACACUUCCUCCAUGACAGAGAAGCCCGCACCACCAUCUCCGGCAGUUGUGAAAUUCCGAUGUUUCUCUCGAGCUGAUCGGAUCACUCAGAGGCUGGUGGAAUGACUGUCCGACGGACAUUGCAAGCUUCGCGAAGAUGUCAACUCACCGGCAACUUUAGCGACUUUCAGAAUUGGAUCUGGUGAGAGUUAUCGGAUCCGUUCCCGUCCGUAGUUGCAAUCGAGCGUGGUGCGAAAGAACGGGAUUUGAGAAGCCCUGGAUCUGCCUGCAGCUACGCUCGGGAGACAAAUCGGACCAAGCUCGUCGAAUGAGAAGGCGAUGGACGCGACUCGGACGAUCGCCGCGCUUUUGCACGCAUUGCUGUUCUCUGUGGCUUGUGUGGAGGGCAAAGCACCCAGGCUUUAUCCCGCCACUUGCGCUCACUUGAUGCCCAAACCUUGCAAACCAGUCUUCAGCAUGGAUGAAGAGAACAGAACCACUCUCGAAUCCUACUCUGAACUUUGCUUGCAUCACGAAUGUAUCACAAUACGUGCCAAUGCAGCUCCUGUAAAUCCAAAGCCUUCAUUUUGCUUCAUGAACUGUCCACAAGUUUCAGGAGGUCCUCCCAGUAACGAUUCUGCUCCUCAUCGUCCUCAUCCCCAUCCCCAUCCCCCCCCGGAAGCUGGGCAUCUUAACUCCAAGUCCGCCUUCUUUCGGGUUGCAGAGAAGAGGUUUCAGUAUCUGAGCGCACAGAACUCUUCUGUGGCCAAGUUCGCGGAUCCGGCAUUGUUCAAAGAGGAUAGUGAAGGCAGGGUGUCGCGGGCUACGACUAAUACCUGGUUUUGUGACGAGACCAUGAUCAAAUUCAAAGCAAGAGUUGAGGCAGCAACAGGGAUGGUUGCAGGGCAGAAGGAAGAUGAAUACGCUCACUGUGAGUGGAUGAGAUUUGGGUCUUUUCUAGACUUGACCAACUGCUAUGUAACGACGCACCCCUGCAUUGACUGUUUGAAGGCAUACAGAUUCUGGUUGUGCGGGGUAACUUUUCCCAAAUGCGAUUUCGGACCCCAUAGUAAGAAAGCAAGGGGUUUGACAGAUCAGAAGGCCGGAGAUAUGUACCUCCGCUCUGGAAAUUAUACCGAUGAAGAUUAUGUUAUAACGAAGCCCUGUCGUGGUUUGUGCUUUGACGUCACUCAAAAAUGUACCAUCUGGACUGAAAUCCAGUGCCACAAGUUUGAAGAUCGAGAAUAUGGAGAUCCUCCGACUUGUAAUGGCGCGGGUAGAAAAGAUCGUAUUAUUAAUUAGGGAAUCGAGGAAUAGCUCGUUUUAUGUUUCCGUCUUCUCAUGUGGGGAAUUUAAUAAAGAAACUGUUUACAAGAAAAAGACUCAAGACUUGCAUUAGACCGAGACGAGUCUGGAGAGCAUCAGUGUGGCAUGGCGUGAGAUGUCCUGAAAUUACAACAUUCAUGUUCUCGGCUGCAUUGCCAAUCGAGUAUUUCGAGUAUUAGAAGGCAGAGGGCGACGAAUGGCAUUACACGAAACGAUGGCAAACCCAAGAGAAACGUAACAAAGCCAGGACUAGAAACAUAUUAGAAUGGACGCCAAAUCCGAAGGCGAAGGAACGUGUUUUCCAUCCUCGUACUAGAGCGCAACUCAACACAAAAAUAUCCGGCACACAUACAAUAAGAGAUAGAAAAUGCAGGAGGGAUACCAAGUAAAAAGGAAGUAGUAGUAGAAAGAUGGGAAGAAUCCAUGAAGCAAUACAAAGUAAUAUAGCGAAAAGAAU